AUUCUACAGUAAGUCACUUGUAAGUCAGACAUGGGAGUCAAACUUCUGACAUGUUUUGUGCUCACUGUUGCGGUGACAGUCGAACGAGCAGCUGGUCAUCAGUUUGAUUGUAACACGUGCAGUCGUGUAGAUGGUGUGGAAAAAUGCUCAACCACCAGACAUUGUUCAUCACCCCAGGUGUGUGACAUAUCCGUGGAAGGAGGUAAACUGAGCAGCGAUUGUAUCCAUGCUCAUUCCGAUUGUCAUGAAACCCAUCAUCAGUCGUGUAUCCAUUCUGACCAUCUCACGCACUACAACUCCUGCAAAGAGUGCUGUAAGGACAAUGCCUGCAUCACUAGUGCUUUCGCCCACAUACAGAAACACCUGAAUGACCAUACCAACAAGCCUGACGGACACCACGUGACUGGACAUAAACCUCCUCUUGAAUGCCCUCGUUGUGAGAACGUGCUGGAUCCUCAAAUCUGCAUUGAUCAUUACCAUGCCUGCCACAAUGGCCGUGAUAUCUGCCACCUCACAACGAAUGGUAGUCAUUUCACCGCUCAAUGUGGUUACAGCGCAGAUUGUAUUGAGAGGCUACCGGAAGCUAACGCGGCUGGGUGCGUAACAGAUGACGAAAAUGAAAGAAACUGUAUUUUUUGCUGUGAAGAUCGGGAAUGUGUGAGUCAACACUUCAAAGUACAUUUUGGCACCGACCACACCAACAACGCCCACCACACCUCUAAAAAAACAACGCAACAUCCAUCAACCGGACAUAAAGCUCCUCUUGAAUGCCCUCGUUGUGAGAACGUGCUGGAUCCUCAAAUCUGCAUUGAUCAUUACCAUGCCUGCCACGAUGACCGUGAUAUCUGCCACCUCAAAACGAAUGGUAGUCAUUUCACCGCUCAAUGUGGUUACAGCGCAGAUUGUAUUGAGAGGCUACCGGAAGCUAACGCGGCUGGGUGCGUAACAGAUGACGAAAAUGAAAGAAACUGUAGUUUUUGCUGUGAAGAUCGGGAAUGUGUGAGUCAACACUUCAAAGUACAUUUUGGCCCCGACUCCACCCACAACGCCAACCACACGGCUCCAACAACAACGCAAUAUCCAUCAACUGCAUCUCCAUGUAAAGACAACUACAAUCUGUGCGCACCCGAUAUAUGCCAUCAUCCAGAUAUAUAUAAGCUUUGCCCGAUGACUUGUGGUGCGUGUACACCCUCUGCAACACAGACAGCAUCUCCGUGUAAAGACAACUACGAUCUGUGCGCACCCGAUAUAUGCCAUCAUCCAGAUAUAUAUAAGCUUUGCCCGAUGACUUGUGGUGCGUGUACACCCUCUGCAACACAGACAGGCACCGACCACACCCAGAACGCCCACCUCACGGCUUCAACAACAACCCAAUAUCCAUCAACCACAUCUCCAUGUAAAGACAACAGCGAACUGUGCGCACCCCAGAUAUGCCAUCUUCCAGAUUUAUCAAAGCUUUGCCCGAUGACUUGUGGUGUGUGCACACCCUCUGCAACACAGACAGGCACUAGAACCACAGGGAUGACACCCCAGGCGUCUGUCACUGCUACUACCAAACCUGCAACUACUGCUACGCCGACAACUACUACACUUACAUCUACUGCUGCACCUACAACUACUGCUGCACCUACAUCUACUGCUGCCCCUACAUCUACUGCUGCCCCUACAUCUACUGCUGCACCUACAACUACUGCUGCAUCUACCUCUACUGCUGCACCUACAACUACUGCUGCACCUACAUCUACUGCUGCACCUACAACUACUACACUUACAUCUACUGCUGCACCUACAACUACACCUACAUCUACUGCUGCACCUACAACUACUGCUGCACCUACAACUACGACUGCACCUACAACUACUACACUUACAUCUACUGCUGCACCUACAUCUACUGCUGCACCUACAUCUACUACACUUACAUCUACUGCUGCACCUACAACUACACCUACAUCUACUGCCUCACCUACUGCUACGCCGACAACUACUACACUUACAUCUACGACUGCACCUACAACUACUCCACUUACAUCUACUACUGCACCUACAUCUACUGCUGCACCUUCAACUACUACACUUACAUCUACUGCUGCACCUACAACUACUCCACUUACAUCUACUGUCUCACCUACAUCUACUGCUGCAACUACAACUACUACACUUACAUCUACUGCUGCACCUACAACUACUACACUUACAUCUACUGCUAUGCCGACAACUACUACACUUACAUCUACUGCUGCACCUACAACUACUACACAUACAUCUAAGUCAGACAUUACAACUACCACAGCUUCAACAGUUACAAGCACUAAGGCACCGCAAGCAGUACGCCGUUCCUGCUACCAGUGUGGUAGCGUUGACAACGGUAGAUAUUGCACCCUGCCGGAAAUAUAUAUACCUCAUGCAGCCCCGUGUCCGGCUGGGGCAAGUUUCUGCAUGACUGACAUUGAACAACAUAUAGAUGGCACAACCAACUAUAUAAAGAGGUGCGUCAAUCAAAACGAAUGCGACAAGCUGUGGUAUCAGCAGACAUCUGACAGGAGCGAGUGUGUGGACCUUGACCCAACCACCCUGACGUCAGCCACGACUUGCAGAUAUUGCUGUACAAGUGACAACUGCAACGCUGGUAAAAUACCUGCCAAACAAACUCUGUAUAACCCUAAAAACUGAUUAUCCCGAUUGGUGUAUUGUUAAAAGGAAAUAAAGAUUUCAAAAAAUA